UGAAUAUAACGUUAACUGUGUCACAAACCAAAAUGCGUUAUUUUUUACUUCAAAAGAAGUUAGAUUAAGGUUGCUCUCGUUUGCAUCUAUUUUGGAUAAUGUCUGGUUUCAUGCUGUCGUUGACCGCAGCCACGAAGACUUAGUAAUACUGCUUGAUGACAUUCAUGGCUUUCUAGUCACUAUACAAAUAACUAAGAAUGAAAUUAAUAUAGGCGUAGAUAGACAGUAUUAACCAACACCAGCAUGCCAAUUCUUCCUGCCUCGCAGCUUUUUAAUGACAUUUCAUCUGUCCCCAUAUAUCUACUAAAUUAUCAAGGCAUGUCACCAGGAGUACAAGCUGAACAAAUGAGAUUAACGUUUCUAAAAUAGAUAACUUAACGUUUCGGAAAGGUGUUUAAUGUUGUGAAACUGCGGGAAUCUUUAAUUCUUUACCAUUACAACUACGAGAUACUAUUAUACCCUGCUAUUUCUCAGUUCAAGCUCUAAACUGUUAGAACAUCAUUAUAGAACAGAAUAUGUAAAUGUCGAUAUUCCCCAAGACGUUUGCCAUGACGUUUGUCUGUAUCAACCAUUAUCAAACUCGUUCACAACAUAGCCGGAUUUUGAGGGAAGGUGUGGGGAGGUGCACACCUCCCCUGAGAUCGUUUUGCACCUCUCCUGAAAAGUCAUGCACCCCCUAGACCCUUGCUUAGGGUCUACACUUCGUAAGAACGUUUUUCUGUAAAAUUGAAACAAUGAUAGCCAUUCAUCUCUGUGUCAAGUACCCUUUUAAUGCAAUGUUUCGAAAGAAACUUUGUAGUAAUUCUAAUGAAGGACAAAAUUGGAUGAGUUGUACAGUCAUAAUUGACUAAUACACUGAUACAUAUGUACACUACAUGUAUACGCCACGUCGUUGACUUUGGCCCGUUCUGGUCGUGAGCUAGACCGCUGCACCUCCCCUAAAUUUUUUCCCCCCUUCCCCACUAUCCCCACCAAAAUCCGGCCUUGGUUCACAAGAGGGACAACGACAACAACAGCAGCAAUAACGACGACAAUAGAGACCUUAAGAUCUAGGACGCAACGUGACGACGCCGACUAGUAAUAAUAUACAAUGAAAUGAACUUUAAGAAAAGAAAUGAAUAAUUAAAAUACUCAUGGGACAUUUAGACGCCGUCCUCGGUCUGUUUACAACCGGUUAACCAGAGCUUUUACGUCCUCAGUGUGUACAACGUUUGCAUUUUAGGCUAUGUUUACAUUGUAUCGGAUCACUUUGCGUCCGACGCAAAAACCAUACCGGAUAGGGCUUCUGUUUACAUAUGAAAUGUUGUUAUCGUCUCAAUUUCUGCAACGGACCGGUGGUGCGGCGGUUCGCUCUUCGAAGUGGUGCGCGAUGUAUCGGAUCGCUUUUUGCAACGCUCUCAUUGCAAUGUAAACACCAAUCGGAGCAAUUUUCGGUUCAAUGCGUGACUCAAGAUGGCAUCAGGGAAACAAAGACUUGCUAUUCUAAUCUUAUUUGCGGGUAUAGCUUGCUCACUUAUAAUAUUUUUGCAGCCUAGACCUAGGCCUUCUAUUUUUAUUGAUAUUUUUUUAAUAUUCAGCGCUUUUUUACAUGAAAAGACUGGGACUAGGUGAUUUGGGGGCGGGGCGGAGGAAGGAUACAAGCCUGACGCAAUCCUCCGCCCCGCCCCCAAAUCACCUAGUCCCAGUCUUUUCAUGUGAAAAAGCGCUGAAUAUGAAAAAAUAUAAAUAAGACUAGAAGGCCUAGGUCUAGGCUGAUAUUUUUGUAUUUAGUUGGGCGAGGGCGGAAGCUGUUUACACUUGGGCCGUAACGUUUCGUGAACGAAGCAAAAACCGAUCCGAUACAAUGUAAACAUAGCCUUAGUCAC